AUGGGACACAAGGAGCAUGGAGGGACUUGGCACAUGGAAGCAGCUCAACUGGAUACGCAAAGGAAGAAGGGAGAAGUCCAUCUUGAAGACCAGCUCGACCGUCCACUCGACCAACCGGUCGAGUUCCUCAACUCGACCGGCCAAGCUUCAACUCGAUCGAGCUGGGGAGUCAAAAUUAGAUGGGAGAGAAGCUUGCUGAGUUCAAUCAGUUUGUCCAAACUCUUCCAGCCAGCAUGUCUUUCAAAGAAGCUUGGCGCCACUACCCAUUCACCCCUUUCUUCCACAACUGCAAGGAGACACCUGAAGGACAUAAAAGAGCUUUUUGAGAAAGCUAAAGUUCAGCCAACCUUCAAGACCCUCUACAAGAUUGAAGACCCAGGUCAAUUCUCUAUUCCCUGUCAAGUAAAUGGUCAUUACUUUGAUAGAACACUAUGCGAUUCUGGCUCUUGCAUAAACCUCAUGCCAACCCAAACCGCCAAACUCCUUGGCAUCACACGCUUGCAACCUGCUCAAAUUAGUAUUGGACUUGCUAACCAUACUAUAGCCAAGCCAAGAGGAGUUGUUGUUGAUGUUCUUCUAGAGAUUGGAGAUAUCAAGAUCCCGGUGGACUUUCAUGUCAUAAACAUUCAAGGAGGAUGUGACACACCAUUGAUACUAGGCCGACCCUUUUUGGCCACUGCUGGAGCUGUCAUGGACCUUCCAAACCGGCGAAUGUCCUUAGCCAAUGUGGACAAGACAGUCUUUUACAAGACCAUACCAUUCAUUGCACCAAACAAGCUGUCUUACCUCAUCACUGCCCAAGGCCGCCCAAGAGAGCCACCAGACCACACUCAAGGUCACAAUGAGACAAGAACUAAAAGACUAUGUCUCAGGCCGUGCCCUUACCCCAUCUCCAACUAA